AUGUUGCACUACCGGCCAUACGUAAAGCGGUAUAUGACAAAUAUCGCAGCGAAGUCUUGGAUUUCAUCGUCUCGGAUAUGUGCGCCAGUUGCGAGGAGUUCUACUUCUCUGUCGCAUAGGACGUUUGGCAGCCAGGCCGAGUCCGCAAUCGAAGAUGAGAGGCGGUCCGGAAGGAGAAGUGGAGAACCGCAGCAGAGGUUCAGGAUAAGUAGGGACUCAGAGCGAUCCCAAUCAACGUCGUUUUCGAAAGGGGAUAUCUCUGGGAUAAAUCGGUUUGGCAGCCAUGAUUACGCCGUCGUUGGGCCCGAGAGGCGGCGGGACUUGAAAUACCGGGAUCCGCUGAAAUUGGCGGACGAUACACUUGCGAAGCUCAAGAAAGAUAGAUUCGAAGAGGCCGAAGAUUUGGUUCGGAGAUCAAGCGCUGCAAUCGAUUGUACAGUUGGCUGGAACCAUCUUAUCGAUUGGCAAUGCAAGAAGGGAAAGAUAAACAGCGCCGUUAAGUCAUACAACGAGAUGAAGAAACGAGGCCAGACGCCUGAUGCAUACACAUAUACUCUCAUAUUCAGGGGCUUGGCACAGCAUGCGCAUCAGCAUCCAUCUGCUGUUGCUCACGCAUUGUCGAUAUACCAUUCUAUGGACGCCGAGAAUGCCCCUGUCCAGCCCAACAUCAUUCACACCAACUCUGUGCUAAAAGUAUGCGCACAGGCGGGGGAUAUGGAUGCUCUGUUUGGAAUUUCUGCUAAACUGCGAGAUAAGGGCAUACGGGCUCCAAACAACCUCACAUUUACCAUCAUAUUCAACGCGAUUCGUGAUAACGCAAUCAAAAGACUCACGACCGAAAUCAGCGCAGAAGAGCUUAGGCCACUUCGGGACAAGUCUGUGAUGGACGCACGACGAAUGUGGGAUGACAUAGCGAGCCGCUGGCGACAUGGUGAUCUUUGGAUCGAUGAAGAACUUGUCUGCAGUUUGGGCAGGAUCCUGCUGAUGGGAGGUGACAGAGACAGGGAUGAUGUAUUUGCCCUCCUCAGGCAGGCUAUGAAGAUCCCACAACUCGUUAUACCACAUGGAAGACGAGUCGAGGCAAUUGAGAAACCACAAGAGAGCGAAUCACUGGAAGAGUGGGAAAAUGUAAAACUAGACCAGGCCAGGGUUGAUUCUGGCCCUUCUCUCGCCUCACACGGUCAAUUUAAACGGAUAGUUCCAGCGACUCGCAAGGACACAUAUGGCAGAGGACUGAGCUCCUUCCCACGACCCGGGCGAAAUACACUAUCUCUAAUCAUGGUUGCCUUACUGAAGGCUAAGUUGGGAAAGCAGGCUACAUUAUACUGGGAGAUAUUUACUAUGCAUUAUAACGUUGAACCGGAUAGUGCGAACUACCAUGACUAUCUUCGCAUUCUACGACAGGCACGUCUCAGCGAUGAGGCAGCUGAUGUGCUUGAAAAGAUGCCCCACCAUAUGCUCGAAAAGAAGACUUUCCGCCUCGCAAUAGCAGCAUGUGCGCGCGACAAGCACAACCCAAAUUCCUUCAGUAACGCGACCAAGGUGGUCGACUUAAUGCAAGAAACCAUAGAUAAUAUUGACCUCCCUACUCUCCACAUCUACCUUGAUUGUGCGAUUGAGUCCGACACGGGCCCGAACCGUUUUCUGGAGAGCAAAACUCGCCAACUUUCCGCUGAAUAUAUCCGGCAGAUGAAGCAAGCCCUUGUCGAGGCAGACCUUGUGGAAUUGAUACCUUUCUUGGACGCGAAGGCACAGCCCGCUCAGUCCCUAGAGAGCCGGAAGCCUGAAGAUGUUAGGUUGGCCAAAUUCGAGAAGGGCAAAAGGAUCGUAGCAGCUCUCGACAGAGUAUCGCCCUCUAUCCUCAAUAUCAAGGCCACCUUGACUUAUGGGACCACAAACAAAGCGAGAUCUCGGUCACAAAGCCUCAGAGACGGCUUAAGUACAGACUCCUCGUACCAACAGGACGCUCUUAAGCUAGCCCAGAGAAUGAUCAGCGCUUAUGAUAAGCUGAUGGACGCUGGAAUGGUUCCACGAGAGGACUAUAGAACUCUUACUAGGGAACGCUCGAAGCUUACGGCCCUUGUGACGAAAUUUAAAACCAAGUACGAGCCAGAUACUUGGAACAGGUUUAAAGCCUCAAGCUUUAGGACUUGGAAUAAGGAGAGACCAGAGAUACCAGCAACGGAGAAAGUAGCUGAGCAGGCUACAGAGAGCGUAGUUGAGCAGACUACAGAAACAACUAGAACGGAGGACCAACCGAAAUGA